AUGGCUUCCGGCGCCUCUGGAGGCUUCAACACCAUCAAGGUCGUUGCACGGUUUAGGCCACAGAACAAAGUUGAGAUUGCCAAUGGAGGCGAACCGAUCGUGGAUUUCGAAUCUGAGGAGACAUGUAGGAUAAACUCAAAAGAGGCCUCGAGUCCCUUUACAUUCGACCGCAUAUUUGACAUGAACUCGAAACAAUCAAAUGUGUUCGAUUUCUCGAUCCGGUCGACUGUUGAUGAUAUUAUGAAUGGCUACAAUGGAACUGUGUUUGCGUACGGCCAGACAGGAGCGGGAAAGUCCUACACCAUGAUGGGAUCCGACAUUGAUGACCCGGAUGGCAAAGGAAUCAUACCCCGUAUUGUUGAGCAGAUAUUUACCAGUAUCCUGACCAGCCCUGGCAACAUCGAGUACACCGUGCGUGUCAGCUACAUGGAGAUAUACAUGGAACGGAUAAGAGAUCUGCUGGUACCACAAAACGACAACCUACCUGUUCACGAGGAAAAAUCAAGGGUGUGCAAGAGUGUUGAAGUGAUGAGACGGGGCGACGCUUCGAGGGCAGUUGCAGCAACGAAUAUGAACCAGGAAUCGUCUCGCUCACACUCGAUCAACGAGAUCACCAUUACCCAGAAGAACGUCGAGACCGGGUCGGCCAAGAGCGGUCAGCUUUUCCUCGUUGAUCUUGCUGGCAGCGAAAAGGUGGGCAAGACCGGUGCUAGUGGGCAGACACUCGAAGAAGCGAAGAAAAUUAACAAGAGUUUGAGUGCCCUGGGAAUGGUUAUUAAUGCUCUCACUGAUGGCAAAUCUACUCACAUCCCUUACCGAGAUUCAAAGCUCACUAGGAUAUUGCAAGAAAGUUUGGGGGGUAACUCCCGAACAACACUGAUUAUCAACUGCUCUCCAAGUAGCUACAACGAUGCGGAGACACUCAGCACUCUUCGGUUCGGUGGACGAGCAAAGGCCAUCAAGAACAAGGCGAAGAUCAACCAGGAACUGAGCCCAGCGGAGCUCAAGCACCUUCUCAAGAAGGCCCAGAGUCAGGUAACUACUUUUGAAACCUAUAUCUCUGCUCUGGAGAAUGAAGUACAAGUAUGGCGAACCGGAGAAAACCCUCCAAAGGAGAAAUGGACCACCUUGCGAUCAACGGACACAGUAGGAAGCCUCAAGGCGGAUGCCCGUGCUCCCCGUCCAGGAACUCCAUCCCGACUGCAGUCCGAUAUAUCUCGAUCGGAGACACCGAGUCGGCCAGACUCGAGGUUUGGAGACCGUUCAAGCACACCAAGUAUUGUGCUGGAACGAGAUGAGCGAGAGGAAUUUUUGAGGCGAGAAAAUGAACUACAGGACCAACUUGCAGAGAAGGAAACAUACAUUGCCAAUGCAGAAAAGGAUGUCCAAGAGAAAAAAGAAGAGCUCAAGAUCCUUAAGGAGAACACUGUCCGGACUGGUAAGGAUAAUGAGAAGCUGAAUGCGGAGGUCAACGAGCUCCGGAUGCAGCUGGAGAAGGUAUCAUACGAGAGCAAGGAACAAUCCAUAACCAUGGAUACGCUGAAGGAAGCGAACUCUGAGCUCACGGCUGAACUAGACGAUCUCAAGCAACAGCUUCUUGACGUGCGCAUGCGCGCCAAGGAAACGAGUGCAGCCCUGGACGAGAAGGACAAGAAGAAGGCAGAGCGGAUGGCUAAGAUGAUGGCUGGGUUUGACAUGAAGGUGGAUGUAUUCUCUGAGAACGAGCGCAAGAUACGACAGUUAAUCGAGCGUGUAGAUAGCCUGCAUGCCACCAGCUCAGCAGGCGAGGCGGUCUCCCCGGAAGAGUUCGUUGAACUAAGAGGAAGCCUGGUGGAAGCUCAAGGGGUUAUCAGGCAAGCUGAGCUUGCCAUGACCAGCCGUGAAGAAGGCCUUAACGGCGCAUUUGAUGGCAAGCUGCUGGAUAAAAUAGCUGCCCUUCAGCAAGAGGUCGAUGACCUUCUCGAGCAACACCUUGGCGAGGAUGAUAUCUCAGAAAUCAAAGAAAAGCUCAGCCAAGCAUGCUCUGAUGGGAGCGAGCUGGAAAAGAUGGCGAUGGAGCAUCUGAGGCGUGAGCUUUCCCUCAGAGACGAGGAGCUUAGCCGUCUGAGACAGUCUGUCGCCGACUCUACCGCCCGUCCCCAGACCAAUGGAUCACCUGUUAAUGCAGGGGCCACUACAACCAUCAACAGCAAGACCCUACAGCAGCAGAUUGCCGAUUUCGACAUCAUGAAGAAAUCUCUGAUGCGCGACCUGCAGAAUCGUUGUGAGCGGGUUGUCGAGCUUGAAAUAUCUCUAGACGAGACCCGUGAGCAGUACAAACAGGUUCUGCAAUCAUCCAACAAUCGUGCACAGCAGAAAAAGAUGGCAUUCCUGGAGCGCAAUCUCGAGCAAUUGACCCAUGUACAGCGCCAACUGGUUGAACAGAACGGCAGUCUCAAGCGGGAGGUCGCCAUAGCUGAGCGGAAGCUGAUAGCCAGAAACGAACGAAUCGAGAGCCUGGAGACGCUUCUCCAGGAGAGCCAGGAGAAACUAACUGCUGCCAACCAUAGGUUCGAAGCACAGCUCACAGCCGUCAAGGAGCGCCUGGAAGCUGCCAAAGCUGGCUCUACCAAAGGCCUUUCCUCAGACUCGACCGGCUUCGGCUUUGGAGGCUCGAGGAUAGCGAAACCACUCCGUGGCGGCGGCGGUGCAGAUGCCCCAUCCAACUCCACCCUGUCCGGCGUGCAGGCACAAGAGUCCUCGACGAGUGCCGGCCCAAAACGUACCAGCUGGUUCUUCGAUAGAAGAUAA